CUCGUGACAGGCUAGCAGCAGUGGACUGUAAACAUGGCGGCGUGCACAGCUACAGGGCUGUGCCGACCACCCCGUUACUAUUAGUCUGUAGAGACACCACACCACCCCCCCACCCCAAAAAACAUGGAGACCGAAGAGGAGCAGCACAUAACGACGCUCCUCUGCAUGGGUUUCCCGGACCCCGACGUGAUACGGAAAGCGCUUCGGCUGGCGAAGAACGACAUCAACGAGGCCGUGGCGCUGCUGACGAACGAAAGCCCCGGACUCGGGUAUGGAUACGAGCCGAUGGAGAGCGGGCCUGCACCCGGCGGCGGCGUGGGCGGCUCGACCGGAGGAGACGUGGAGAACAGCAGCAGCAGCAGCAGCGGGCGGACCGGGACCGGGACCGGGACGGGAGGGUUUGAUCCACCGCCCGCGUACCAUGAUGUAGUGGAUAGCGAGCGGAGCAACGAUGAGAAUGGGAACUGCUCGGGGGGCAGCAUGGAGUUUCCCACCACCAACCUGUACGAGCUGGAGAGUCGGGUGUUCACCGACCACUGGUCCAUCCCGUACAAGAGAGAGGAGUCCCUGGGCAAGUGUCUUAUCGCCUCUACCUGCCUCGCCCGGCACGGUCUUGCUGACGCUGAUGAAAACUGUAAGCGGUUCAUAGAUCGGUGCAUGCCGGAGGCCUUUAAAAAGUUGCUGACCAGCAGUGCCGUUCACAAAUGGGGCACCGAGAUUCACGAGGGAAUCUACAACAUGCUGAUGCUGCUGGUGGAGCUGGUUGCAGAGAGGGUGAAGCAGGACCCCGUCCCUGUAAACCUGAUGGGAGUCCUGACUAUGGCCUUCAACCCGGAUAACGAGUACCACUUUAAGAACCGGAUGAAGGCCUGUCAGAGGAACUGGGCGGAAGUUUUUGGGGAAGAGGCCAACAUGUUCGCCGUCUCUCCGAGCAACGCCUAUCAGAAGGAGCCUCACGGUUGGCUGGUUGAUUUGGUGAAUCGAUUUGGAGAGUUGGGAGGAUUCACCGCCAUCCAGGCGAAGCUCAAUACGGAGGAACUCGAGAUUGCUUGCGUGUCGGCUCUGGUUCAGCCUCUUGGAGUCGGUGCAGAAUAUCUGAACUCCAGCCUCGUCCAGCCCAUGCUCGAUCCAGUCAUCCAUAAGAUGAUCACGUACGUGCAGAACCUGGAGGAAAAGGACCUUAAAGACAAGCGUCUGGUGAGCAUCCCGGACCUUCUGUCGGCCAUCAAGCUGCUGUGUAUGAGGUUCCAGAGGGAGCUGGUCACUGUGGUGGAUGACCUGAGGCUGGACACCCUGCUGCGCAUGCUCAAAACCCCCCACUUCUCCACCAAGAUGAACUCCCUCAAAGAGGUGACAAAGUUGAUAGAGGAGAGUACAGUGUCAAAGACGGUGAAAAAUGCCAUUGACACAGAUAAGCUUUUGGACUGGCUGGUGGAGAACUCAGUCCUAUCAAUAGCACUGGAGGGUAACAUUGAUCAAGCUCAGUACUGUGAGAGAAUUAAGGGAAUCAUUGAGUUGCUGGGGAGUAAACUGUCGCUGGACGAACUCUCCAAGAUCUGGAAAAUACAGGCGGGCCAGUCAUCAACUGUGAUAGAAAACAUUCAUACAAUCAUCGCUGCUGCUGCUGUGAAGUUCAGCUUUGAUCAACUCACCCACCUCUUCGUCCUCAUACAGAAGAGCUGGGAGGUUGAGAGUGACCGCGUGAGGCAGAAGCUGCUCAGUCUGAUCGGCAGGAUCGGCAGAGAGGCUCGCUCUGAAACUACAACAGGAAAGGUGCUGGAGGUGCUGUGGGAGUUGGCUCACCUCCCCAGCCUGCCCACCAGUCUGGUUCAGCAGGCGUUGGAGGAGCACCUGGGGAUCCUGAGUGACGCCUACGCCGUCAAGGAGACCGUGAAACGCGGUUACAUCAUUAAAUGUAUCGAGGACAUUAAGAAGACUCACGCUCAGGAGGACUGUAAAGGCAGCGACACUCAAAGCUCAUUUCUUACUGGCACUUGGGGCAAGAAGAAAGCUAACUCUGUGUUGAAAGCUUCUCAGCAGAGCAGUCCUCAGGCGGUCUGGGUUGUUCCUGCUCUCCGUCAGCUGCACGAGAUCACUCGUUCUUUCAUCAAGCAGACCUAUCAGAAACAAGACAAGAGCAUCAUCCAGGACUUGAAGAAGAACUUUGAGAUCGUGAAACUGAUUACGGGAUCCCUCGUGUGCUGCCAUCGACUGGCUGUGACCGCUGCAGGAAAUAACGGCCUCUCAGGCUCCACUCUGGUGGACGGACGAUACACCUACCAGGAGUAUCUGGACAGCCACCUGCGCUUCCUGGCCUUCUUCCUGCAGGAGGCCAGCCUGUACCUGGUCUGGAACAGGGCCAAGGAGCUCUGGGAGUGUCUGGUGUCGGGGCCGGACGUCUGUGAGCUCGACCGUGAGUCGUGUUUCGAGUGGUUCACCAAAGGACAACACGACCUCGAGAGUGACGUUCAGCAGCAGCUCUUCAAGGAGAAGAUCCUGAAACUGGAGCCCUACGAGAUCACCAUGAACGGUUUCAAUCUGUUUAAGACCUUCUUCGAGAAUGUUAAUCUGUGCGACCAUCGCCUCAAACGCCAGGGAACUCAGCUGUGUGUGGAGCGCCUCGACCUGGCAGGGAUGGAUUUUAUCUGGCGCAUCGCCAUGGAAACCCCUGAUGAAGAGAUAGCCAACGAGGCGAUCCAGCUCAUUAUCACAUACAGCUACACCAACCUCAAUCCCAAGAUGAAGAAGGAUUCUGUGUCUUUGCACAAGAAGUUCAUCGCUGAUUGUUACAAGCGGCUGGAGGCAGCCAGCUCGGCCCUCGGGGGCCCCACUUUGACCCACGCUGUUACGAGGGCCACCAAGAUGCUGACUGCCACCGCCAUGCCGACCGUGGCCACAUCUGUACAGUCACCAUCCAGGUACAGAGGGGGGUUUGGAUCCACUAAGCUGGUGAUAAUCGAAAGACUGCUGCUACUGGCUGAACGCUACGUCAUCACUAUAGAGGAUUUGUACUCGGUUCCUCGCACUAUUCUACCUCACGGGGCCUCGUACAACGGACACCCCGUCACUCUUCACAUCACCUACGAGUCAACCAAAGACACUUUCACCUUAGAGACCCACAGUAAUGAGACAAUAGGAAGUAUCCGGUGGAAGAUAUCUGAGCACUUGAGCUGUCCGGUGGAUAAUGUGCAGAUCUUUGCCAAUGACAGUGUGAUGACCAUGAACCGGGACCAGAAGCUGCUCUCCCAGCUCAGCUUCAGUGACGAGCAGACCCUGACCGUGAAGAGCUCGGGCACCGGCACUCCCUCCGGCAGCUCCGAGUCCUCGGCCUCGGCCUCUAGCAGUUCCAGCUCCGCCGUCUUCAACUCUGCCUACGCCUUGGAGCAGGAGAAGUCUCUGCCCGGUGUGGUGAUGGCUUUGGUGUGUAACGUGUUUGAGAUGCUUUACCAGCUGGCUAACCUCGAUGAAACCCGGAUCACCCUCCGUGUGAGGAAGCUGCUGCUGCUGAUUCCAACAGAUCCAGAAGUGCAGGACGCUCUCGACAACUUUGUUCCCAAAGAAUCCAGCGUCUGGAGCCACCAGAAGACACUGUUCCAGGGUACAGGCUCUCGUUCUCCGUCUAUGUCCUCCAAGCAGCAGCACCAGCCCAGUGCGGCCUCCAUCUUGGAGUCCCUCUUCAGGUCCUCGGCCCCGGGCAUGUCCACCUUCAGAGUGCUGUACAACCUGGAGGUGUUGAGUUCAAAGCUCAUGCCCACGUCGGACGAUGAGAUGGCAAAAACCAGCAGCAAGUCUUUCUGUGAGAACUUCCUUAAAGCAGGAGGCCUCAGUCUGGUGGUGAAUGUUAUGCAGAGAGAUUCCAUCCCAUCAGAGGUGGACUACGAGACCAGACAAGGAGUCUACUCAAUCUGCCUUCAGUUGGCCAGGUUUCUUCUGGUUGGCCAGAGCAUGCCUUCAGCGCUGGACGAUGACGUCAUCAGGGACGAGGCGCUGUCGUCUCGUCCGUUUCGUAACGCUGGACGAGCGGGACGACAGCUGUCUCUCUGUGGAACUCCAGAGAAGUCGUCCUACAGACAGAUGUCUCUGUCUGAGCGCUCCUCCAUCAGAGUCGAGGAGAUCGUCCCGGCUGCCCGCGUAGCUAUUCAGACCAUGGAGGUGGGUGACUUUACUGCCACUGUGGCCUGUUUCAUGCGUCUGACCUGGGCAGCUGCAGCAGGCCGGUUGGAUCUGGUUGGCAGCCCGCAGCCAAUCAGAGAGACCCACAGCUCCCUUCUGCCUCAGGGGGUCCGCACCAGAGUCAGCAGUACAGGGAGUAACUGCAGCUCCAGCAGUGAGGGGGAGACCACGCCAACAGCGUUGCAUGCUGGGAUAUGCGUGAGACAGCAGUGUGUUUCUGUCAAAGAUACCAUCAUCGCGCGAGAGGCUCUGUCGCUGCUAGUCACCUGUCUGCAGCUCCGCUGCCAGCAGCUGUGUUCUUUUUACAACCUUCCCUCCGUCAACGAUUUCAUCAUUGAUGUUCUGCUGGGAUCUCCCAGCGGAGAGAUCCGCCGGGUGGCUUGUGAUCAGCUCUACACUCUGAGCCAGACGGACACGUCGGCCUUCGCCGAAGUCCAGAAGCCCAACUUGUUCCUCAUCUCAGUCGUCCUCACUGCCCAGCUGCCGUUGUGGAGUCCUACCUCCAUCAUGAGAGGGGUUAACCAGAGGUUGCUGUCUCAAUGCACCGAGUACUUUGACCUAAGAUGUCAGCUUCUGGACGACCUAACCACGUCGGAGAUGGAGGUGUUGAAAGUCAGCUCAGCCACGAUGCUGGAGGACGAGAUCUCUUGGCUCGACAACUUUGAGCCCAGUUGGAGCUCUGAGAUGGAGACCAGCGAGGCGGACAACAUCCUCCUGGCAGGACACCUCCGGCUCAUCAAGACGUUGCUCUCACUCUGCGGCAACGAGAAGGAGCAUCUCGGUGCCUCUCUGAUCCAGCAGUUGUUGGACGACUUCCUGUUUCGGGCGUCGCGCAUCAUCAUUAACAGUUCCAACCCGACGCCCUCCCCGGCCCCCAGCCACGACUUCCACCCGAAGUACGACACGUGCAGCACAGCCAGCAGCCGGCUGGCGGCCUACGAGGUGCUGGUGAUGCUCGCAGACAGCUCUCUGGCCAACCUCCGGCUGAUCACCAGAGAGCUCAUGUCCAUGCACCACCAGUCCGACUCUUCCCUCUGCAAGGAGUUCGAUUACCUUCCCCCCGUAGAGAGCCGCUCCGUCUCAGGUUUCGUUGGGUUGAAGAACGGCGGAGCCACGUGUUACAUGAACGCUGUGUUUCAGCAGCUCUACAUGCAGCCCGGCCUCCCAGAGGCUUUCCUGUCCAUCGAGGACGACACGGACCAGCCAGAGGAGAGCGUCUUCUACCAGGUCCAGUCUUUGUUCGGCCACCUGAUGGAGAGCAAACUGCAGUACUACAUACCUGAGAACUUCUGGAAGAUCUUCAAGAUGUGGAACAAGGAGUUGUAUGUAAGAGAGCAGCAGGAUGCGUACGAGUUCUUCACCAGUCUGGUGGAUCAGCUUGACGAACAUCUCAAACAGAAAAUGGGUCGAGAACAGAUCUUCAAAAACACGUUUCAGGGAAUCUUCUCCGACCAGAAGAUUUGUAAAGACUGUCCUCACCGGUACGAGCGUGAAGAAACCUUCAUGGCGUUGAACCUCGGAGUGACAUCUUGCCAAAGCUUAGAGAUCUCAUUGGACCAGUUUGUGAGGGGAGAGGUGCUGGAGGGCAGCAAUGCCUACUACUGUGAGAAGUGCAAGGACAAGAGAACCACCGUGAAGAGGACGUGCAUCAAAUCCCUGCCCAGCGUCCUCUGCAUUCACCUCAUGCGCUUCGGCUUCGACUGGGAGAGCGGACGCUCCAUCAAAUAUGACGAACAGAUCCGGUUCCCCUGGGUGUUGAACAUGGAGCCCUACACCGUCUCUGGAAUGGCCCGUCAGGACUGCAGCGGUGAGGGCGGCGAGGGGCGAGGCGACGGGACCUCGGGAGGAUCGCCCAGGAAGAAAGUCACGAUCUCCGAGAACUACGAACUCGUGGGAGUCGUCGUCCACAGUGGCCAGGCCCACGCCGGUCACUAUUACUCCUUCAUUAAAGAUAGACGUGGCAGCGCUCGGGGACGUUGGUACAAGUUCAACGACAACGUGGUGGAGGAGUUCGACAUGAACGACGAAACUCUGGAGUACGAGUGCUUUGGUGGAGAGUACCGUCCCAAAGUUUACGACCAAUCCAACCCUUACCCCGACGUGCGGAGGAGGUACUGGAACGCCUACAUGUUGUUCUAUCAGAAGAUCAGCGACCAGAACUCGCCCGUGCUGCCCAAAAAGAGCCGAGUCAGCAUCAUGAGGCAGGAGGCCGAGGACCUGACUCUGUCUGCCCCGUCCUCUCCCGACGUCUCCCCUCAGUCCUCUCCUCGGCCCCCGAGAGCCAACAACGACCGCCUCACCCUCCUCACCCGCCUAGUCCGCAAGGGAGAGAAGAAGGGUCUGUUUGUGGAGAAGAUGCCCGCCAGCAUCUAUCAGAUGGUGAGAGACGAGAAUCUCAAGUUCAUGAGGAACCGAGACGUCUACAACAGCGACUACUUCAACUUCACCCUCUCCCUGGCCUCCGUCAAUGCAACAAAGCUGAAGCACCAAGACUACCAGCCGAUGGCCAAAGAGAGUCUUCAGCUGGCUGUCCACUUUCUCUUUCACACCUACCUGCACACCAAAAAGAAGCUCCGGGUGGACACGGAGGAGUGGAUGGCGACGGUGGAGGUGCUGCUGUCUAAGAGCUGCGAGGCGUGCCAGUGGAUGGUGCAGUACCUGGUCGGACCAGAGGGGCGAGAGAUCACCAGGGUUUGUCUGUUGGAGUGCAGUGUGAGGGAGGUGAGGGUGGUGGUCGCGUCCAUCCUCGAGAGGACUCUGGAGAGCGCGCUUCACUUCGGAGACCCGGGAGUGGACAACCUGACGGACACGCUGCUGUCCCUGUUGGACAAAGACGUUCCUGAGAAUGUGAAAAACUGCGCGCAGUACUUCGGCCUCUUCAGUAACUUUGCUCAGAGGGGAUGCGGUCCUUGUCAGCUGCUGUUGAAACACUCGGCUUAUCGCCGGAUGCUCAUCUUCCUGUUGGGACCCAACAGGCAAAACAACCAGAACCGGCGGUGGAGUCCAGCUCAGGCUCGGGAGUUCCUCCACCUCCACAACACUCUGUCCCUCAUCACUCUUCACUCUGACCUCAACCCCCAGCGGACGCAGGCUCCAGAAAGGUUUAAGCGCGUGAGCUGCGUCCCGGCCUCCACCCAGCUCCUCCCUCUCCACGCCGACAUCCUGGCCUCACUCUUCACUCCUGAGGGACAGCCUUACCUUCUAGAGGUGAUGUUUGCCAUGCGGGAGUUGUCGGGUCCCCUGUCGCUCCUGAUAGAAAUGGUGACCUAUUCUUCGUACUGUAACGAGCCCUUCUCCCUGGGUGUGCUGCAGCUGCUCAAGACCCAGCUGGAGACGGCUCCACCUCAUGAACUGAAGAACAUCUUUCAGAUGCUGCAGGAGCUCCUCGUAAUGGAGGACCCUCUGCAGACACAGAGACUCAAGUAUGCUUUUGAGUCGGAGAAAGGCCUUUUAGCUCUGAUGCACCAGAGCAACAACGUGGACAGCAGGCGCUGCUACCAGUGUGUGAAGUUCCUGGUCACGUUAGCCCAGAAGUGUGCUCCAGCCAAAGAUUACUUCAAGGACUUGUCUGGUCACUGGAGCUGGGCAGUACAGUGGCUGCAAAAAAAGAUGACUGAACACUACUGGACUCCACAGAGCAACGUGUCCAAUGAGACAUCUACCAACAAAACCUUCCAGCGUACUAUCUCUGCACAGGACACCUUGGCCUACGCCACGGCGCUGUUAAACGAGAAGGAGCAGUCCGGCAGCAGCAACGGCUCCGACGGCAGCCCGGCCAACGAAAACGCCGACCGCAGCCUCCGACAGGGGUCAGAAUCUCCCAUGAUGCUCGGCGAUUCGAAGAGUGACCUGGAAGACGUGGACCCGUAGCUCCUCCAGGCCUCCGGAGAAAGGGGGGAGGCGGCGGCACGGCUUCGGGCAGCCAACUGGAAGAGCUGCACUCGUGAUUGGCCGGUGACAUUUAGUGACUCCACAACAAAGCCAGUCGGAACACUUAAUUCUCUCGGUCGCUGCGGCAGCGGAGGAGCUAUGAAUAAAAUCGUAAAUUACUUCCUUUCAGAGCCGCCGAGGGCGAUGAUGGAGAUGCAUUAUCAUAACGGGCAGAAGUACAUUAAAAAAGAAUAAGAAAAGAAGAAAAACACCUUCCUCAAUCACGGAUGACUUCAGUUUAUCCUUUUAUUCAUUCAUUCACUCAGAAUGACAGCGAGGUGGAGGAUGGGUUUGGGUUGUGUUUUAACAAUUUUCUGCUCAUAUUUGCCAAUGUAUCUACAUAGACUUAUUCAUAUUGUAAAGAUUUGUUUCAUAGGUGUAAUUUCCAGUGUAAGAUAAUAUUUUAAAGUCUCCUGCGCUCUUCUCCACAGCCAUGCAACACAUUUUUUUUUGUUUUUGCGAGAGGUCACGUCAGCCGCUCUAGAGGAACUCUCAGACACACAAACACACGCGUGUGCAUAUGUACAGGAACACCUCCACACACACACACACACACACACAGAGGAGCACUUGGGAGGGGUGGGGUUAAGUAUGCACUUUAUAGUCCGGCCCAGUUCUAUUGUGACGUACAGCAGCACUGGUCGGUUCCUCUAGAGCCUCCUCGCCGCCGCUUUUGCUUUUAACAACUUAACAUGUUUCAGUGCCACUAAGCAGACACAUGGACGCUCCUCCUGUGCUGGGUUUUUUAUGCUUUUCUUUUGUUUCUCUCAUCGCCUGUGUUUUAGUUUUCUUUGACUCUGGAUUGAAUAUUUGCAGAGGAAUGUUUUUUUGUUUUGUUUUGUUUUGGGGGGGGGGACUCGAGCCUUAUGCAAGAGCUGAUCUGGGAAGUGCACGGAUCAGCCGCGGUGUGGCCGUCAGUGCCGACUGAAGGGGAGCUCAGGAGCAUGUUUUACUUUAAGGUGCCACGGUUACACACACACGCACGCACAGAAGAACUUGUGGGGGAAAGAUAGCAAACAUGCAAGCGUGUGUCACUCAUCCAAACACAAAGAAGCAGCUCGUUCUUGCCUCACUGUUACCUCUGCUUUAUCAGGUUUUGUUUUUGCGUCGCCUUCUUUUGCUUUU